AUGCCGAUCGCCAUGAGGCUGGAGGCGGCACGCGAGCUGGAGUGUGCGGCGCUGGGCGCCCUGCUGCGGGAGCCGCGGGAGGCCGAAGGCACGCUGCUGCUCGACUGUCGCCCGUUCCUGGCCUUCUGCCGGAGCCACGUGCGCUCCGCGCGGCCAGUGCCCUGGAACGCGCUGCUGCGGCGCCGUGCGCGGGGCACCCCGGCCGCCGCCCUCGCCUGCCUGCUGCCCGACCGCGCGCUCCGGGCACGCCUGGGUCGCGGGGAGCUGGCCCGCGCCGUGGUGCUGGACGAAGGCAGCGCGUCGGUGGCGGAGCUCUCGCCCGACGGCCCCGCUCACCUGCUGCUAGCCGCGCUGCUGCAGGAGAUGCGCGCGGCAUCCACGGCUGUGUGCUUCCUGCGAGGUGGCUUCGAACGCUUCCAGGCAUGCUGUCCAGAUCUGUGCUCUGAAGCCCCUGCCCAGGCGCUACUUCCUGCUGAGGCCGAAAAUAACAGCUCUGACCCUAGGGCUCCCAUCUAUGACCAGGGUGGCCCUGUGGAGAUCUUGCCCUACCUGUACUUGGGCAGCUGCAGCCACUCCGCGGACCUCCAGGGGCUCCAGGCCUGCGGUAUCACAGCAGUGCUCAAUGUCUCUGCCAGCUGCCCCAACCACUUCGAGGGGCUGCUCCAUUACAAGAGCAUCCCAGUAGAAGACAACCAGAUGGUGGAGAUUAGUGCCUGGUUCCAGGAGGCUAUCGGCUUCAUUGACUCAGUGAAGAAUAGCGGGGGCCGGGUGUUGGUGCACUGCCAAGCUGGUAUCUCUCGCUCAGCCACCAUCUGCCUGGCAUACCUGAUUCAGAGCCACCGAGUGCGGCUGGACGAGGCCUUUGACUUUGUCAAGCGACGUCGGGGGGUCAUCUCCCCCAACUUCAGCUUCAUGGGGCAGCUCCUGCAGUUUGAGACUCAGGUGCUGUGCCACUGAGUCAGACCGAGGCCUGGCCCCACAGUACUGCUCUCACUGACUCCUGGGGGAAGCUGCUGUGGACUGCUGCCUCUUCUCUAGCCUAGCUCAUCCCUCACCUUGUCCCCAAGUUGGGGUGCUAGGAAAGCCAGGAUGAUGGCUUUUCUGAUACGGUGCUCUUCUGCUGGGGGUUUAAGGGCUGGCCCUUAUUGGGGGGGGGGAUGAGGGCAGAUAGUCUGU